CCGGGCCGGGCCGCGCAGCGCGACGGGCAGCGCGGAGCGGCCGCGCCCGGGCAGGAGCCGCCGCCGGCGGGAGCGCAGCGGAGGCGGGCGGGCCGCGCCAUGCGGCUGUGCGGGGCGCUGCUCAAGAACCCCAUCCCCAAGCAGAUUGAGUACUACUCGCGCUUCUCCCCCUCGCCCCUCUCCAUCAAGCAGUUCCUCGACUUCGGUCGUGACAAUGCCUGCGAGAAGACGUCGUACAUGUUCCUGCGGAAGGAGCUUCCUGUGCGACUGGCGAACACCAUGAGGGAAGUCAAUUUGCUGCCUGAUAAUUUACUGAACAGGCCUUCGGUGGGGCUGGUACAGAGCUGGUACAUGCAGAGUUUCCUUGAGCUUUUAGAAUACGAAAAUAAAAGUCCUGAGGAUCCUCAUGUUCUGGAUGACUUUUUAGAUGUUUUAAUUAAAGUCAGGAACAGACACAAUGACGUGGUUCCAACCAUGGCCCAAGGGGUGAUUGAAUACAAGGAAAAAUAUGGCUUUGAUCCAUUUGUUAGCAGUAACAUCCAGUAUUUUCUAGAUAGGUUCUACACCAACCGCAUCUCUUUCCGUAUGCUUAUUAACCAACACACACUUCUGUUUGGUGGAGAUAUUAAUCCUGCUCAUCCCAAACAUAUUGGAAGUAUUGAUCCUAAUUGUGAUGUGGCAGAGGUGGUUAAAGAUGCUUAUGAAACAGCUAAAAUGUUAUGUGAACAGUACUAUACAAUGGCACCUGAUCUGGAAGUUGAAGAAUUCAAUGCUAAAGCUCCAAACAAGCCUAUUCAAGUAGUCUAUGUACCUUCUCAUUUGUUUCAUAUGUUAUUUGAAUUAUUCAAGAAUUCAAUGAGAGCUACAGUGGAAUUGCAUGAAGGUAAGAAAGAAGCCUGUCCAUCGAUCAAAACCUUAGUCACUUUGGGGAAAGAAGAUCUAUCUAUUAAGAUAAGUGACCAAGGUGGAGGUGUACCUUUAAGAAAAAUAGACAGAUUGUUUAACUACAUGUACUCAACAGCACCCAGGCCCAGUCUGGAGCCCUCGAGGGCUGUGCCUUUGGCUGGGUUUGGCUAUGGAUUGCCAAUUUCUCGUCUGUAUGCAAGGUACUUUCAAGGUGACCUUAAACUCUACUCAAUGGAAGGCGUGGGUUCAGAUGCUGUUAUUUAUUUGAAGGCCCUUUCAAGUGAAUCAUUUGAAAGACUUCCUGUUUUUAAUAAGUCAGCAUGGAGGCACUACAAGACCACACCUGAAGCAGACGACUGGAGCAAUCCUAGCAGUGAACCAAGGGAUGCUUCUAAAUACAAAGCUAAUCGAUAAUUUGCCACCUUUGUCUCUGUUGGAGAUGACCUCUGCAUUCAGUAUAAAGUCUCUGCUUUGUUCCAAAAUCCCUCAAACCACAGUAGCUAAUUACUUCCAAACAAAGACCUAAUCAGGGCAUUGAAAAAUACUAAGAACAAAGUGAUGAUUGGGACUUACAGGAAGGCACUGAGCACGUUUGGUAUGUGAAUCCUGUGUACUUCACCAGAAUACGCUUGGUUGCUUCAGUCAUGCAUUGACAAAAGGGAUGGCACUGUGAUUGCACUUAGGAACACAAUGUUGUAACAAAAAGAUACUAUUUGAAGUGGCCAAUUCUUAUUCCAACCUAAGGAUUGAUACGGUGUGCAGAAUCCCUUAAAGUGGUGAAUAGUAUUUUGCACAGCAAUAUGGUGUAAGAGAAAAAUUCUAAUGUAGUUAAACGUGUGCUUCAUGCAGCAUUUUGUAUUGCACAGUGUCACCCCUAAGAGAAAAUCCCUUUGAGCUCUUCAGAUCUCUAGUGAAUUUAUAAAUGCAUAGUUCUAAAAAGGGUUGUACAGCUUUAAACUGAUGCUUUCUCCGAAUUCCCAAACCCAUUUGUCAUGUGCAUACAAAAGUUGUGUUGUUAUAAGACGGUAGGACUUCCACUUCUUAGUAUGCACCUUAAUGAUUUUCUUGACACAGAAAUGCAUUUCUAUGCAUUUUUCCUUGUUUUGAGGAAAGCUCCUAAGUAGUUAGAUCAUCUCUCCUUACUGGAAAUUCUGUCAGUACAGGGGCAGGGGGUAAUUCAAUUUCCUAUUUGCCUGUCGUUUUAGGGGAAUUGGGGAGGGGACAGAAAUGCUGAGACGCCAGACAGCCAGUCAUACAAAUGAAUUUGCCUUAAGAGUGUUGGUUGCUUGAAACCUGAUUAGUUUAAAACGUGUAAAUAGUUUGCAAAGUUAUUUAUACAUUCAAUGUCUGACUUCAGUCUGGUAGUCUGAAUUUGUAGUGUAUAUAAAGAUGUUGUACACCAGCUUUUGAAAUGUGUCAUUGGUCUGAGUACAUGAAACUGGAAACACAGUAGAAAUGGGAGGGACAAAAUGUGGCCGGUACCUGGUUUAAGUUUAAAAAUAUCAAAGACGGAAAAAAUCCAAGUAUUUUCCCCUUAAAUUUAUCGAAGGGUCAUUGCUGACUAUUAGAAAACUGUUCUUCACAAAGUCUUUGCCAAAUUCUCUUUCUGAUAUAUGGCCUCUCAGAAAAACCUGUGAAAUUUAGAAGUUCUGGUGAUACAUUAGCUGUGGCAAUAAAGUAGAUGAGUGGUAAGCAGCUCUGAUGCACCCUCAAUUUCUCUUAGGUGUUUUGAUAUAUUUUGGAAAGAUAAUAGAGAUUUUAGCAUGGAAAAAUGAAACUUGUUUACUAAAAUUGUGGGGGAAUUGUCCCUUUUGUCCUCCCAGUAUUUAUUUUUAUAAAUAACUGAUUUAUUAGGGAAACACUGAGAAAUUCCUAGGUAUUUUUAAAAAAGAAAAAGAAUCUUAGUUUGACUUAGCAAUAGUACUUUGCACUUCAUAGCACAUUUCAUUGAAGGAUUAUAAAGUGCUUUGAGCAAUAAACUCCAUAGAGCCCCA